UCCGCUUCCUGCCUCCAACAAAUCCCGGGGUUUUGUCGGUGUUUAUCGCGCAGUCACGCGUCCCACCCCACAGACCCACUGCAGGUCCACUAGACCCAGAAACCGGACCGGGACUCGGUUCUUCAGCAGCGUGAGCAGAGGAAGUCCGCCGGAAACAGCCUGCAGCGGGAUUUUAUCCUUUUUUUUUUUUUUUUUUGUUUCCUUUCACUUUGAGUUUGUCUGAGCAGCGAGCUUCAGGUGGAAAAUCAGAGAACCGUCAUGGCCGCCAUCAGCAGCUCGAACACAGACUUCGCUCUGGAGUUGUUUCGCACCCUGAGCCGGGCCGACGCCACCGGGAACCUCUUCCUGUCCCCGCUCAGCAUCAGCUCGGCGCUGGCCAUGGUCUACCUGGGAGCGAGGGGCAACACGGCGGCUCAGAUGUCAAAGGCUCUGUCCUUCAGCUCUGGUGAAGACAUCCAUGCAGGUUUCCAGACUCUGAACGACAACAUCAACUCUCCGUCGGCCUCUUACAUCCUGAAACUGGCCAAUCGUCUUUAUGGAGAAAAAACCUUCAAUUUCCUCCCCAAAUUCCUGCAGGAGACUGAGAAGUUCUACCAGGCGACCCUGGAGGCCGUGGACUUCAUGGGGUCUUCAGAGGACUGCAGGGUCCAGAUCAACAGCUGGGUGGAGCAGCAGACUGAAAAUAAGAUCAAAGACCUUCUAAAGCCGGGCAUGGUGGACUCCAUGACCAGGCUGGCUCUGGUGAACGCCAUCUACUUCAAGGGGAACUGGAUGAACCGCUUCGACGCGGCCAACACCAAGGAGAUGCCCUUCAAGGUCAACCAGAAUGAGACUAAAACGGUCCAGAUGAUGUACCAGAUGAAGAAGCUGCCCUACAACUACAUCCCUGACCUGGAGCUGCAGAUCCUGGAGCUGCCGUACGUCGAAGACGAGCUCAGCAUGUUCGUCCUGCUGCCUGCGGCGGCUACAGACGGCUCCGACCCGCUGCUGAAGCUGGAGAAGGAGCUGACGCAGGAGCGGCUCAACGAGUGGACCAACAGAGCCAACAUGGACGUCCAAUCAGAAGUCCUGGUCCACCUGCCCAAGUUCAAGCUGGAGGAAGAGUACGUGCUGAACGAGCCUCUGGCCACGCUGGGCAUGACCGACGUGUUCUCCGACAAGGCCGACCUGUCGGCCAUGAACGGAGAGGGCGGGCUCUUCCUGUCUACGGUGGCCCACAAGGCCUUCGUGGAGGUGAACGAAGAGGGAACGGAGGCGGCGGCGGCCACGGCCGGCAUAGUUUCUUUCUGCAUGUUGAGGGAGGAACACUUCACAGCUGAUCAUCCCUUCCUCUUCUUCAUCAGGCACAAUAAGACCAAGUCCAUCCUCUUCUUCGGCAGGUUCUCCUCUCCUCAGUAGACGGAAACAGCCGAGGAAGAUGGAGUAGCUAAAAAAAUAAAUACGCUCCUACAAUCAAAUGAAAGUUCUGCGCUCUGCUGGUUUGUUUAUUAAAACCCUGCAGUGGAGCAAAAGUUCUGAAGCACUUAAGUGUCCUUUUUUGUGUGUUUUUGUGUUUUUAAUGUGUACACAUUGAGCUUUCAGGAAUGUACACACAUGAUAAGGUGCUUUAAUCUGAAUAAAAGGCCAAAGUUCUGAACAGA